AUGUGCGUAACACAAAACUAUCAUUUGCUAACCUAUACAUGUGGAAUUCUUGCAAUUACAACAGAAGGUAGUAUCAGUCUUUAUUAUCAAUUUCGUGGGCAAUGGAAAGAAUUCCGUUGGUUUUCACCAUCGAUUAUUUUAUUUAUUAUCACAUGUGUACCAAUAUUGAAAAUCUUCAAACAACAUCAAUUACAUGUUAGUCAAGUCUUUCGACAGACAAAUAUCGAAUUAUUGCUCAAGCGAAAUCUAACUUUUUGUUUUGAUUAUCAACUUAUUCAAAAUACAUCAAUUGAACGUCCUCUUUAUACAUUCAAGUGUUCGAAAGAUCGUUUGAGUUACUUUAAUAAGGAUAAUUUUCAAUUGAUGUGUUCAUUAUUGACAAAAAUUCAAUAUCGAACAUGUUGCCGACGGCAGUCCAUUGUGAAAAUGUUUCGCCCGUUUUUAACCAAUUCAUGUUCGACUUGGAGAGACUUGAUCAACCGUUUUACAUUGAUUGGGAUCUUAAGUGAUGAAUUAGCUGGUUUCAUGUUGAUUGAACAAUUGUUUUUACUCGUCUUGGUUCUCGUCAAUUGGAUUUGGCCGCAAACAGAAAGUUCCGAUGAGAUUUAUUUUGCACAAAUGUUACGACAAUAUCUGGCAGCUGCACCUGAUAUCGUUGAAUUCUAUGGAAAUUUCCAUCAAGGAGAAAAUUUAAACAAACUACAGGAUCGACAUCAUUUGCAAACGAUCAUUUUCGUCAUAUUUAUCAUGUCAACAUUUCAGUUUAGUAUGAAUUUGCAAAUGAAAAGUAAACCGACGCGAGAUAUUCAUGAAAGAAACUUCUCCCAAUUGAAUUUCCAGCAGAAAGCUUUGGUAGUAUUUGAAUUGAUCUUUUGUACUUCAAUGUGGUCAGUCACUUAUAUCGCUCUUACACAAGAUUUACCGUUUUUAGUUAUACGCUGGUAUUUUCUUACAUUUAUGUCGGAUAGUUCGAAUAAAAUGGUGUUUUUCUUAUUGAAAAAUGUUUUAACAAUAUUAAUAUCAUUUCAUUCAGGUUUCAAAGAAUUUAUUCAAUUCCAAGAGAAAUUAGGAAAGAAAAGGAAAAAAUACAAAUGA